CUCGAUCGCACCCUCCCCCAAUUACACCACAAAUCCAUCCAUCCUCUUCCUCUCCCCUCUUUAAAGCUGCAUCCCAUCUCCCCUCACCGCCGCGGCGAACCAGCGACGUCUCGCCUCCUCCCACUCCGGCCGCCGUGCGCGCCAUAGGCACAGCAGCCGACACCUAGAUCGUGAAAUCGGGAUGGGUCGCGGUAAGGUGCAGCUGAAGCGGAUAGAGAACAAGAUAAAUCGGCAGGUGACCUUCUCCAAGCGCCGCAACGGGCUCCUGAAGAAGGCGCACGAGAUCUCCGUCCUCUGUGACGCAGAGGUCGCCGUCAUCGUCUUCUCCCCCAAAGGCAAGCUCUAUGAGUACGCCACCGACUCCAGCAUGGACAAAAUUCUUGAACGUUAUGAGCGCUACUCUUAUGCUGAAAAGGCUCUUAUUUCAGCUGAAUCUGAAAGUGAGGGGAAUUGGUGUCAUGAAUACAGGAAACUUAAGGCGAAGAUUGAGACCAUACAGAAGUGUCACAAGCACCUCAUGGGAGAGGAUCUGGAUUCUCUGAACCUCAAAGAACUCCAACAACUGGAGCAGCAGCUGGAGAGUUCAUUGAAGCACAUCAGAUCGAGAAAGAGCCAUCUUAUGAUGGAGUCCAUUUCUGAGCUACAGAAGAAGGAGAGGUCACUGCAGGAGGAGAACAAGGCCCUACAGAAGGAACUGGUGGAGAGGCAGAAGGCGGCCAGCAGGCAGCAGCAGCUGCAGCAGCAGCAACAACAACAACAAAUGCAAUGGGAGCACCAAGCCCAGACCCAAACCCAUACCCAUACUCAAAACCAGCCCCAAGCCCAGACUAGCUCAUCAUCUUCCUCUUUCAUGAUGAGGGAUCAGCAGGCCCAUGCCCCUCAACAGAACAUUUGUAGCUACCCACCGGUGACGAUGGGUGGGGAGGCGACGGCGGCGGCGGCGGCGCCGGAGCAGCAGGCUCAGCUUCGCAUAUGCCUACCGCCAUGGAUGCUGAGCCACCUCAACGCUUGAGGAAGGAAGAGGUUUAAUUGCCAAAGCAGCUGAAACAGCAUUAAUCGGCACACUAGCAAUUAAGCUGCUAUGGUUAUGUUUGCUUGCCCCUACCCUUAUAUAUAUGAUUUGCAAGAAAAAAAAUGAGCAGAGAGAUCAGGAAUGCUGGUUCGCUGUAUAAUUUUGUUGCAUGUUCAGCAACACGUACCAAUUGAUGCAAACAUGCAUGCUUAGCAACCAACCAAUUACCUUAGCAUGGAUGACUUGCUUGGCUUAAUUAUGGAAAGCUAGGUUGCAUGAUGACGUGUGUAUAUAUAUGAUAUAUUUUUAUAUUUUAUCUGAAAUCUAAAUGGGUGAAUGAA